CCCUUUCUGCUUUCUGUUCAAGGCAGCCCCCCAGCUCCCAGCUGGCUCCUGUCCCCUCCCCCAGCCGGGAGAAGUUAUUACAUGAAGAGAUCAGCUUACCAGUUUUCUUCAGAGCAGAGGCUGAGCUCGGAGCUCCGGGUAGUACCGUGAGGGAGAGCAGAGGGAACCAGCGCGGUGCCUAGCGGAACUCCAGGGCUGGAAUCCCGAGACACAAGUGCAUCUGCUAGCUGUUAGCACUUGGCAGACGGAGUUCUCCUCUAGGGUAGUUCUAACUUUGGGUAAUAAUGUUUGUCAGCUACCUGAUAUUAACAUUGCUCCACGUUCAAACAGCAGUGUUAGCAAGACCUGGGGGAGAGAGCAUUGGCUGUGACGACUACCUGGGCUCGGACAAAGUGGUGGACAAGUGCGGGGUGUGCGGAGGCGACAACACGGGCUGUCAGGUUGUGUCAGGCGUGUUCAAGCACGCCCUCACCAGCCUGGGCUACCACCGAGUGGUCGAGAUUCCCCAAGGAGCCACCAAAAUCAACAUCACCGAGAUGCACAAGAGCAACAACUAUUUGGCUUUGCGAAGUCGUUCUGGCCGCUCCAUCAUCAACGGGAACUGGGCAAUUGACCGGCCUGGAAAAUACGAGGGUGGAGGGACCAUGUUCACCUACAAGCGUCCAAAUGAGAUUUCGAGCACCGCUGGAGAAUCCUUUUUGGCUGAAGGCCCCACGAAUGAGAUCUUGGAUGUCUAUAUGAUACACCAGCAGCCCAACCCAGGAGUCCACUAUGAGUACGUCAUCAUGGGGACCAACGCCAUCAGCCCACAGGUGCCUCCUCACAGGAGACCAGGGGAGCCCUUCAAUGGCCAGCUGGGAACAGACGGGAGGAGCCAGGAGGAGGGAGAAGAGAAAGAAGAGACCGAGGAGAAGGAAGAUGUGCACGGUGGGGCCCCCGAAGUAUUCACCUCGGAAUCGGCACAGACCUUCCCAGUCAGGCAUCCGGAUGGAUUUUCUUCCCAUCGACCAGACAACGUGGUGCCGGCAGGCCCGCAGCCCCCACGGCGAAGCCGGGACCACAACUGGAAGCAGCUGGGGACCACAGAAUGCUCCACAAGUUGUGGGAAAGGAUCGCGGUUCCCUAUUUUUCGCUGUGUGCACCGAAACACCCACGAAGAGGUGCCCGAGAGCUACUGCGACUCCAGUAUGAAGCCCACCCCCGAGGAGGAGCCCUGCAACCUCUUCCCUUGCCCAGCCUUCUGGGACAUCGGAGAGUGGUCCGAGUGCAGCAAAACCUGCGGCCUGGGCAUGCAGCACCGUCAGGUCCUGUGCCGGCAGGUGUACGCCAACCGCAGCCUGACGGUGCAGCCCUUCCGCUGCCGGCACCUGGAGAAGCCCGAGACCACCAGCACCUGCCAGCUCAAGAUCUGCAGCGAGUGGCAGAUCCGCACAGACUGGACCUCGUGCUCAGUGCCCUGCGGGGUGGGACAGAGGACCCGAGACGUGAAGUGUGUGAGCAACAUCGGGGACGUGGUCGACGAUGAAGAAUGCAACAUGAAGCUCCGGCCGAACGACAUUGAGAACUGCGACAUGGGGCCCUGUGCCAAGAGCUGGUUCCUCACCGAGUGGAGUGAAAGGUGCUCGGCAGAGUGUGGGGCUGGAGUGCGGACACGCUCGGUGGUGUGCAUGACCAACCACAUCAGCAGCCUGCCGCUGGAGGGCUGUGGGAACAACCGGCCCGCGGAGGCCACCCCGUGUGACAAUGGGCCCUGCACGGGCAAGGUGGAGUGGUUUGCAGGGAGCUGGAGUCAGUGUUCCAUCGAGUGUGGGAGUGGGACGCAACAGAGGGAGGUGAUUUGUGUUAGGAAGAACGCAGACACCUUUGAAGUGCUGGACCCCUAUGAAUGUUCCUUCCUGGAGAGACCCCCCAGCCAGCAAGCAUGCCACCUCAAGCCUUGCGGGGCCAAAUGGUUUAACACAGAAUGGAGCAUGUGUUCCAAGAGCUGCCAGGGCGGCUUCCGGGUCCGCGAAGUGCGCUGCCUGUCAGAUGACAUGACCCUAAGCAAUCUCUGUGACCCUCAGUUGAAACCAGAAGAGAAAGAAUCUUGUAACCCUCAGGACUGUGUCCCUGAAGUUGAUGAAAACUGCAAGGACAGGUACUACAAUUGCAACGUGGUGGUGCAGGCGCGACUCUGCGUCUACAAUUACUACAAGACCGCCUGCUGCGCGUCCUGCACUCGCGGGGCCAGCAGGCACGCGGGCUUCCUGGGCAGCAGAUAACACCCCCGCGCCGCAGCAGGAGGGCAGCAGGAGGGCAGG